ACAUGACUAGCUCACCCCGCACCGAUCUCGCUUUGAUAGUUUGGAAUAUUUGAGGCAUUUUUAAUAAUUUUUAAGACUAAUUUGCGUUUAACAGGCGUUUGAUUAAUUAUUUUAACUGUUUAACGCGUUAGCAUUAAUUCGGCUUUGGUAAUAUUUAGAUUAUGAUUACGGUCAAUGAUUUAGGACGUAGUUUAAAAGUCAAGAUUCUAGUGUUUGAUGAUUGACAGAAACACAGUAUUAUCUCUUCCAUUAGGUUCCCUGUGUUUGUCUGAAGUUGAGCUAAACAUGAACCUGGGCUCCAAAGGGAAGAAGCGCGUGGUUCUGCCCAGUCGCCCCGAGCCUCCGACGGUGGAGCAGAUCCUGGAGGACGUGAGCAGCUCCACGUCUGACGAUCCUCUGUUCAGGCUGCAGGACACAGACUCAGUUUCGAGUUCGUCAUCGGGCGACGCCGAAGUGGAGCUGAAGUUUGAACGGUGCAGACGCUUCAUGGAAUUGAACCAUCGACUGACGGAGGCUCGUGAACAGCUGAAGGAGCAGAGGGAGGAGCUGAGGGCGUCAGGAGAACGUCUGAAGAGGGACAUCCAGGAAGUCAAAACCAGGAUGCAAACGCAAGAGCAACAAGGAUAAAACUGAACCUUCAUACUCUGCUCCACAGCAGGUUUAACCCAGAGACGCUGAAGAACUGAGGACACACUUUUUGAGAGGUGUUACAAAUAUUGAUAUUGUUUUACACUAAAGACAAGCCCAAACUUUUUCCGAACUUUAAAGGGCCCAGAUCUGUCACAGGGAACUCAGACCUGUAGCUCGGGAGGUACUAGUAGCUCCACAGCCUCUUCGACGCAGCUCGCCAAGGGAAUUCUGAAUUAUAUGGAUUGUGCUGAAUAAGUCAAAUAUGAUUACCGUAUUUUUUUUUUCAGAGUAAAAGUUGCUCCAGAGUAGAAAUCGCACCAGUCAAAAAAUGUGUAAUGAAGAAGAAAAAACAUAUGUAAGUGGCACUUUUUGGGGGGAAAUGUAUUUUAUAAAAUGAGAGAUCAGCAGCAGACAUUUCCUGUGUAAAGUCAAACACACACACAGGAGGAGCUGGAGGCCUGUGGCUGUAACACAAGUUGUGAACAGUUUUUUGCCCUACAAAGGUAAAAGAUCUUAACUCUCCAGAGAGUGAAACUGGGAAAAAUGACUUCAAAGUUUGUGUUUUGUCCAGACAAAAGUAAAACGGGCAGGGCUCCCAAAAUGAGUACACAACUUGUCACUAUAAUGAAGAAAUAUUUGUAUGUGAAAAAUAUUAAGCUUAAAAUGGACCUUUGACCUUA